GCUUUGCUCUGUGUUGCAGUGGUACAAAGCAGGAAGGGUUACAUUUCUGUUGAGAUGUGUGCAGUGAGAGGAUCAACAGUGGACAUACGCUGCAGCUACAGAGCUCCGUCCACAAGGAACAGAAGCUCCGUCUCAGUGAAGAACGUCCUCUGGUUUACUGACACUCAGGAGGAGGGACCUGUGGACCUGAGCUCAGACUCGGAGUACGCAGGGCGAGUGAAGUAUUACUGCGACAAGAACACCUGCACCUUAAGGAUCUCAGACCUGAGGGAGAGCGACUCAGCUGAGUACAAGUUCAAAUUCAAGGACAAACCCAGCAAGAGAUUCACCCGAUCAGGAGUCACUUUAUCUGUCACAGGUCCAGAUGUGCAGGUGCAGAUGAGCAGAUUGUAUAUUUCCUGGGUAGAGCUGCAGUGCAGAAGCUCGUGUCAUCUACCUGAUCGUCCUUCGUUUAUCUGGUUCAAGAACGGACAGAAGAUUCAGCAGGAAACAUCUUCUUCUUAUUCAGACUACUUUAUUCCUGCAGACAGUUAUUCCUGUGCUGUAAGAGGACAUGAGGAAUUCCCUGCCCCUUCAGUGUGUGUCAACAGUCAAACCUGCAACAGAGUGAUUUACACUGAGAGAAGCAUCUGCGCCCCCAAAGGAUCAUCAGUGGACAUUUCCUGCACGUACAGCAGUUAUAAAGAUGAUGUUAAAUCUAAGUUCUGGUUCAGUCCUGAGCGUAGUCAUCAGGGACAGAAUCCCUCUCAACCUGAGGACCUUAGUGAAGACUCCCAGUAUGCAGGUCGUGUUCAGAUCCUUGAGACAGAGAGAGGACGCUCCACUCUGAGGAUCUCUGACCUGAGAGACUCAGAUUCAGCUCAGUAUCGCUUCAAAUUCAAAACACCAGGCUUUGAAUGGAGGAGUUAUUUAGCUGGAACAACUCUGACUGUCACAGCUCUGCAGGUGCAGGUGAUCAGAGUGACAGAGCACCAGUUCUCCACCUAUGCAGAGCUGCAGUGUCGCAGCAGCUGCAGUCCGGCUGCCGGUCUCUACGUCUGGUUCAAGAACCUUCAGAGAAACACGACGGAGGAAACUUCUAAUUAUGCAGAUUUAUUUUAUUCCGGAGACAACAUCUCCUGCGCUUUCAAAGGACACGAGGCUUCCCGCUCUCCAUCACUGUAUGCUCCAAAGCUCCCCUCUGUGUCAGUGAGUCCCUCUGCUGAGAUAGAGGAGGGCAGUUCAGUGACUCUGACCUGUAGCAGUGAUGCUAACCCAGCAGCUAACUACACCUGGUACAAGGAGAGUGGAAACUUUGCAU